AUGUCCGUUGGAAAGUAUGUGGCCGCUCAAUGGUAUAGAACAUCGGAGAUCCUCCUCGCUUCCGGUCACUACACCAAGGAUGUGGACCUCUGGUCUCUGGGCUGCAUCCUCGGGAAAAUGCACCUUGGCAAACCCCUCUUCCUCACAAAAUCAAUUAAUUUCUUUUGCCUUUAUUUUCCUUUUACUGUUCAAAGAAUAAGGUUUUACAAUGCCAAAGCGCAAUUAAUGACAGUGCCAAGGCCUCUGCAACCUCUGGUUGAUGACAACGUUCAAUUAUCCAUACGGGAAUAUCGAAAACGUCUCCAUCAGGUGAAAUGCCUAUCAGAAUCGGCCAUCGCUCGGACAAAGCAAGCGAUUGUAGUCAGUCUAAGUGAAGUACCAUUGGAUCUUGUUUCAACCACGCCCACAGCCAAUUUGGUGUACGCUUACGAUUCAAGCCACACUGUCACGAAUCAGGUAUGUCCCUGGCAUAUCCCAGUCGCAUUGCAAGCGCAUGGUUCAGUGCACCAAUUCUUCACACCUCCGCUUCCACUUUCUUAUCGGGCUCUCCGUCAACUAAUUUGGUUAGGGCAAAUUGAAUGGGAAAACAAGACGGGAAGUAAAAUAGCAUUGAAUUGCAACCUUGCCCUUCGACAUCCCAACAACCUUCACUUCCUCAAAUUCAUUGGUCAUUGGGCAGAGGCAAUUUGGCCAACAACAGCCCAUAUAAAGAAAGCUGACUUGACGAACGCCAGUGCAACCUUGAACAUUGUCAUUAAGAUCAAAGCAAAUGGACGACUUUGCGCAGCAGGGACAACUUCCAUAGCAUCAUCCUACGCAGUCUCAAAUGUGAUGCUCUGUGGCCGGCCGAACCAGAGGCAGAGUGAUCACCCCGGGAAACAAAAAUCAACACGGAAUCAGCUCGAGACUGAAGUAAUUGACAAAGAUCGGAUCCGACUCAGGCAUUUCUCGAAGAACCUCCGUAGAUUCAGCUAUCCACUUUAUAAGCCUUCUUCUAGAGUUCUUUGA